AUGAUUACCCCAAAUGAUCGUGUCAACGAAAAUGAAGAGUACAAAAAAAAUUUUUACGUUGCCGGUGAAAAUUUAUUUUGUAUUUUUUGUAAAUGUAUCUUAAAUUAUAAAAACAAGUUUUUACUUGAUCAACAUCUAAAAACGAACAAACAUAGAACAAAUGAAUAUAAACCAAAAGAAAAUCUACAAGAAACAACAAGUCAAAAUGUUUCUAAUAUCUGUCAAGAAGAACGUGAAAUGAUUAAUGUGGAUUUAGUUUAUGCCUUAACACAAGCUAACAUUCCACUUGAAAAAAUUGACAAACUUAAACCUUUUUUAUUAAAAUAUUGUAAAAAUGGUUCGAUU